AUGUCCACAAGCUUAGAUAUGUCUCUAGAUGAAAUCAUCGCAAAGAAACGACCAUCACGAGGUGGUAGGUCUGGUGGCCAAACUAGAGGUGGCGGUAUGACUAAACGUUCAAAUGGACCUAUCAGAACUCUACGGUCUUCACAGAAUAGAGCAAGACCGUAUACUGGAACAUCUGUUACCACCUCAGCUAGUCUUAAUGCAGCAACUGAAGGGAAGAUUCUAGUGUCGAACCUUGCGUAUAAAGUAACAGAGAAUGACCUUUGGUUGGAGGCGAGAGAAAGCGAUGAGUUUCUUAAUGUUCUGGUGCCAAAGCUGCUAGGGUUACGGUCAAUUAUAAGCCUUAAUCAAAGCGACCUUUGUACGAAUUUUUAUCGUCAACGGCCGUUUUCUUCGCCUUGCUGCUUUUGGAAAGUCAGACACGUUCCUCACCGCUCUCAACUUGAACUUUUUACCUCGAUGAUCGGACCCGUACGUCAAGUAAACCUGAACUUUGAUCAAAAUGGUCGUUCCAAGGGUACCGCCUCUGUCGUUUUUAAUAGAAGAACUGAUGCGGUCAAAGCCGUCGAAAAAUUUCGCAACACUACAUUAGACGGUCGCGAUAUUAAAAUCGAAUUUGUUGUAGCUCCUAAUGCCGGCCCUAUAACUCAACGUAUUGGCGGCUUAAAUGAAAAUCGUCCAACGGUUCGUGGCAUCGGUGGGACUCGGGGUUCUACGGCACGAGGCGGACGGGGUAUCCGUGGAAGUACUCGUAGAUCAGAUAAUAGAGCAAAACCUACGCAAGAACAAUUGGAUGCGGAAAUGAGCGAAUACAUGCAAAUCGAUGAGGAUUCAACCCAAAUCACUGACUCGUCAGCAGUUCAAAUCAGCCAAUAA